AUGCGGCUUCAGGAUGCGCCGGGGUCCCGUCGGCGGCUGGCGCCGGCCUUGGGCGGCUCGGCCUUCGUGCUGCUGCUCCUGCUGAGCUGUGGCGUCGCCCGCAGGGGCGGCCUGGCCCUGAGCUGCCCCAAGGACUGCGUGUGCGCCAGCAACAUCAUCAGCUGCUCCAACGCCGACUUGAAAAGCCUGCCCUUGCGCUUCCCUCCCUACGCGGCGGUCCUGGACUUGAGCCACAACAACCUGACCCACGUGCGAGCGGAGUGGGCCCCCGCCGCGCUCCCCCAUCUCCACUCGCUGCUCCUCAACCACAACCACCUGGUCUUUAUCUCCACGGAGGCCUUCAACCACCUCCCUCACCUGAAGUACUUGGACCUCUCCUCCAAUUUCAUUGCUUCGCUGGGAGAGAACCUCUUCAGUCGGCUGAAGGAGCUGGAAGUGCUCCUUCUCUACAACAACCGGAUUUCCAAGAUUGACCGCACCGCUUUUGAGGAGAUGGCCAGCCUCCAGAAAUUGUACCUGAGCCAUAACGCGAUCGGUCGCUUCCCCCUGGAGCUGGUGAAAAAAGACGGGGCUUUGCUUCCAGAGCUGGCGCUGCUGGACCUUUCGAGCAACAAAAUCAAGACCUUCUUUGUGGAUGAGGUGAAAGACCUCCCGGCCUGGGUGAAGAACGGACUUUACAUACACAGCAACCCCCUCACCUGCAGCUGUAAGCUGUACAACCUCUUCAGUCACUGGCAGAAACGGCAGCUGAGCUCAGCUGUGGACUUUGAAGAGGAGCUCAGGUGCGAUUUCAAUCUGAGUAGGAAAGGGAUCCGAAUCUUCACCCUCCCAGAUGUCAUGAAUUGCACUGAAGUCAAGGAGCAGUCGUUCGUCGCCUACCGUGGGGAAAACGUGACCAUCAACUGUGACACCAGGCAGCGAGGGGUAGCCAUCAGAGAAUGGGUGACACCCAGGUUCGAGCGGGUCCCUCAAGAGAAUAACAAUAGCUCCAUGCUUGUGCUGACCAAUGGAAGCCUGCAGAUAAGCAACAUUGGCAUAGAGGACAUGGGCCCAUAUACGUGCUAUGCGGUAAGCCAGGUGUUCAAUGAGACCCUCUAUGUGCAUGUGACUGUCCAUAACUUCACCCAGCAUGGAGCCUCUGACACACUCAACACAGCCUAUACCACACUUGUAGGCUGCAUCUUGAGUGUCAUCCUUGUGCUCAUCUACCUUUACCUGACCCCCUGCCGUUGCUGCUGCCGCAGCAGUGAAAAACAGGCCAGCCAACAGGAGGACAGCAUCAAUUCCUCGAUGCUCAGCACUACUCCUAACCACAACCCUGAAGGGGUUGGAGGCAAGGAAGGAUUAAAUCGCCACCUGACGUCAAGUCACGCACAAGGCCAGAACGGCAAAUGUAAGCCUAACAGCUCCCCCAGAGAGGCAAAUAAAGGGGCCAAGAAGGCAGAGAGGAAAAUGUCAGAUCAAGACUCUGUCAGCUCAGUCUUCUCCAAUACUCCCAUUGUGGGAAGUUCACAGAAUGAAGAAGGGAGAGGGUGUAGUAGAGAUAAGGCAGGAGCUGAACUAGUGGGGUUGCUGUGA